CCACCCCUCGCAAACAUCAUCACUACACCAGCGUACCUAAAAUCAGGAAGCGCCGACCCACGCCGUUGUUUUCCUUUUCCUCAUUUUGUUUCCCUACACAUUGUAUUUUAUUUUAAACAGCAGCGUCGAGACAAAAGGGAGAAAGGUGGACGUAUUUCAUGCCGACGACCACCGACUAAAAACUGACAGCGAGACUCAGCUGUGGAUGCAGUUGAUGGUCUAGCAGAAGGCCUCUGUGAGCAGCAUGGGUCAGCCUCUAGCAAAGAGAGAGUCACCGAUGGAACACAAGGCUCUAUCACCUGAAACCGAAGAGGAGACGGGUUUAGCAGCAGAAGCAGCAGCAGCAGAACUUGAAACACAAGACGAAGUCUUUGCAGGAACGGGUGAGACAGAUACGAACCAGAACAAUGGCUGCAUCUCGGAGAAGCCAGCGGUGACUGACUCCACGGGCGCUGAGGGCCCCGCCUCGCCAUGGACCCCCGCCAGCACAGCUGACCCUGACGCCGCCACGCCACGCCCCCACCUGGUCCGCCUCUUCUCCCGAGAUGCCCCGGGCCGGGAGGACAACACCUUCAAAGACCGACCCUCUGAAUCGGACGAGCUGCAGACUAUCCAGGAGCACAGCGGAGCGGCUUCAGAGUGCGGGUCGGAGAGCGCCGAACAGGACCUAGACUAG